UCCCAGUUUCACAGCCACGCAGGAAAUCGAUCUACUUACCUUGCAGGUCUCCUCCACCUCUAGAGAAGCAAACAUGGGCAGACAAAAGGUGUACUUGGAGAAACUGUCUCAUUUCUUCCAGAUUCGCAACUUGCUGCUUCGUCAGGCCCUGGCAGAGUGUCUUGGCACCCUCAUUCUUGUGAUGUUUGGCUGUGGUGCAGUGGCACAGCUGGUGUUGAGUGGUGGUACCCAUGGAAUGUUCCUAACUGUCAACUUUGCCUUUGGAUUCGCUGCCACCUUAGGCAUCCUGGUCUGUGGCCAAGUAUCAGGUGGCCAUCUGAAUCCUGCAGUGACCUUUGCCCUGUGCCUUCUUGGGAGAGAGCGCUGGAGAAAGUUCCCCAUGUACUUUCUCUUUCAGACAAUUGGUGCUUUCUUUGGUGCUGCUGUCAUUUUUGGCAUGUACUAUGAUGCCCUGUGGGACUUCCCUGGGUGUUUCAACAUGACUGGAUCGUCUGCCACAGCUGGUAUCUUUGCUACUUACCCCGGAAAACAUCUGACUAUUGUCAAUGGCUUCUUCGAUCAGAUUAUUGGCACAGCAGCACUAAUUGUUUGUAUCCUGGCUAUUGUGGAUCCAUACAACAACCCCAUCCCCCAAGGGCUGGAGGCCUUCACUGUGGGGUUUGUGGUUCUGGUCAUUGGACUGUCUAUGGGCUUUAACUCUGGCUAUGCUGUCAAUCCUGCCAGAGAUCUGGGGCCACGUAUUUUCUCUGCUAUGGCCGGAUGGGGCACCAAUGUAUUCACUUUUAGAGAUGGAUGGUUCCUGGUGCCUCUUUUUGCCCCGUUCCUUGGUACCAUCAUCGGCGUCAUUGUUUACCAGCUGCUGGUUGGCUUCCACGUGGAGGGUGAAGUUCGUGACAAAGAAAUGGCAGAACAAGAGAAUGAGAGAGUGAGACUUACUAAUGUCACCACCAAUGACAACUCCAAAGACGGCAACAAAGAAAUGCACUAAGUGUGUCUGCGAGGAACUGCACACUCUAAACCAUUCUGUAAAUAUUAACACUGACCAGCAGUUACAGCCACAUUUUUUUUAACCAAACUAUAUUUGCAUUUGUUGGGAUGUGAAAAUAAAUCACUAUAAUGUCAUUGUAUUAUAUUGUAGAAAAGUGAUUGUGUAUGUGUGUAGAGGAGGGAAACACAACUUAUAAAACACAGAAUUACAUUAAUUCUAAAGAGAAAUUUAAUUUCAGAUCACUCAAGUUUUCUAACAGUAUUGUAUGCUUUAUACCAAUGUAGAUUUACGUAGUUUCAUAAUAUAGUUUUGUACUUAUAAAAUACACUGUAAAUGUAGAUUUUGACAGAUAUUCUGUAUGUGCCUUUCCCACCAGUGCUUCUGUUUGUCAGUCCAGAACUUUUCAAUGUUAACAUCUGAAUUCAGGGAAAUAUCAGGAAAAAGGGAAUCACCCAGUUUACCAAAAUCUACUUAUGUAAAAGUCUUGAGAAUAAAGUUGAACAUUUCAAGUGUGGUACAGGCCAAGGAAAAUAUUGUUGUGUAGGUUAUAUCAACACUGUCUCUGCUUUUUAAAGCUGACAGACAGUGGUGAAACUAACCUUUCCACAACAUUCUUCAUUUUGCUAAUGGUACCACAAAGCAGCUUUAUGAAAGCCACAGACAUUUUAUAUAAGCCAUCGUUGCUGUAUAAAAGCUCCCAUUGAUAUCUCAUCAGAAGGCAGAUGAGGUCCUCUCCACCAUCCCCUACAAAUCUGAAUUCUCGCUUGAAAAUGUAAAAUGUAUUUAAACAAGUAACUUGUUAAAAUGAAAAAUCAGACACUGCCCUGAAAUGUAUUUCUGUCUAUGCCUGUUCAUAUGUCUGUACCCUCAGUAUGACUCCGUGGUCAGACGCUAAAACAGACUGUGAGAUAAUAUCUGUUGUAUGUAGGUUGAGGGGAAAUGCUUUUGUUCGAAUACAAUAAAGAUUGUUUUUAUCGUUCCAUAAA